AUGGCUUGUACUGUUAUUUCCCCAUCACUGGAAAGCAACACCGAUGAUAAGCUCGCGACCAGAGUGAGAGUGCCCCCUGAUUUAAAAUCUCUUUUCCAUUUGGUGAAAGGAAUUCAUUCGAUCAUUGACCAGGCUCGCCCGUCACUUGAUGAAGGGCCAUUUCAUUUUAUCAUUCAACCUUGGUCUGGAGCUGAUCCAACGUUCUUGUUUUCGGAAGAUGGCACCCUCCCUCCCGUUUUAAAGAAGCUUUGCUGUGGUAUCGACGGUCCAUCACAAAAGAUCUAUGGACACGCUAUCGAUACACUUGAGCAUUGUGCUCUAGCCGAAGGAAUGGUCAUUCCGUGGAUAGUUAUGGCUGGUGGGGAUUUUGUCGAACAAGUUCAAAGCGAAGAGCCUUUAGCAUUACUUAUAUACAUUUGCUGGGGAGCUCUGCUGGGACGUCUUGAGGGGAUGUGGUGGGCUAGAGUGGCUGGAAAGACAAUAGUACAAAGCCUUGCUGAGCAUCUUAUGCACCACAGUGAGGAAUGGGACGAGGUUGUGAGAUGGGCAAAAGAUAUAGUGGAGAUAGAUACCCUAUAA